CCACCUUGCCCGGAUGCUCGCCAUCGCCGACAGCCUUCUAUCCUUGCUUCACCAUAAGGUGAAGCAGAAGAGACGCCAAUGUAGCCUCGUGAACCAAUCCUCACAGCCUUCCGUUGAUUUUCAAUCUGUGCUUUGGAUUCAUUUUCAUUGCUUUAGAAGGUGAUUCGUUUUUUUGCUGUUCGAGCGAACGGUUGAUCGAUUGAGGUUUCUUUCAAGUUUUUGCUGAUCGAAAGGUCACAAGUAUUUGUUCACACGGAAGUACAAAGCGACAUGACGAAGGAUAUAGAAUCAGCACAUAAACCAUGGAAGGCGGAAUAUGCCAAGAGCUCCAGGUCCUCUUGUAGAGCAUGCAACAAACCCAUUGUCAAAGAUGCUUUUCGUCUGGCCAAGGUUCAGACUGCUCAUCAAUUUAACGGAGUAAUGCCACUGUGGAAUCAUGCGAGUUGCGUCUUUCAGAAUGAAAAUGAAAUCAAGUCUUUGGAAGAGAUUGAUGGAUUAGAGGACUUGAGGGCAGGUGAUUUGCAAAAUCUGCGAAAGUACAUAGAAGGGUCGUUGGCAGCGUCGGACGAAGAGAUUAACAGAGGCAAAUCGAUUACACCAGCGCCUACAGCUGGAGGGAGUGGAGACAACACUGGUGAAUAUGAGAUUGAGAACGCCAAGAGCUCUCGAUCUAUUUGCAAGAGCUGUAAUGAAAAGAUUGAGAAAGGACACGUGCGCGUAGCAACUAUGGUAGACAACCCUCGCUUUCGUGGCAAGCAGCCUGCGUGGAGACAUGUUGAGUGCUUCCUCAAACUGAGAUGGUGGACAAGCCCUCUAGCUGCAAUGGCUGGUUGGGAUAAUUUAUCAGUUAAGGAUCAGUGUGAGGUCCAAGACCUAGCCAAAGCCUGCCCAGGGGGGAUAGAAGCAAGCAUUGUCGAGGAGAUUGAAAAUCAUGGGGUAGGUAACAAAAGAAAAAAUGGAGCUGCAGCAAAUCCUAGCCCCAAAAAGUCUCCUCGUCUAUCAAAAAUCAAGGAGAAGGUUACCAAUGCUGCUGUGAAGAAAUCAGCAAAGACGUAGGCCUGGGUUGGGUCAUGUAGCAAAACGCCCCUUUCUCUAGGUGGCGUCGUUGUAGAUUUCAAAUGAGGUACUUGUAGCAGACCUGAAACAAGGUAUUUUUAUUAGGAUCGUACAGGGGUUCACACUCAGGUGAGGUGUUUUAACUUAUAAUUUCCAUGGGGCACUCCCAUUUAGUGAAAGUCAGGCUGGGUUCAGAAUCAUUUGGUGUUCAUUUCCUCAUUAUCAACAGUAACAUGGGAUAGAUCCCUUGGACAUUGCUAGGUGAAGGGCUAAAAUUAGUAGCAAUGCAUCUAAGACUUCUUUGGGCACUUGGAAAGGAUGAAAUUAUGCUCAAAACGUGAAACACAGACUAUCACUUGUUUAAUUUA